UCAGAUCUCGAUGUACAGAGUAUUGGCUACGCUGCCGUUUUCGAACUGGCCAAGGAUCUCCACAUGACUGAUCAUCCGUAUUCUUCGGCUAUCAGUAUCCUCUACUUUGGUCAAUUCGCAUCUGAAUAUCCUUUCAUUUAUGUUUUGAGCCGCUUACCGAUUACGUGA